AUGUUUCAAUUCAGGGAGCACUGGAGUUCGUUUUCCUGUGUUUCUCUGGUGUUCCAUGGAGAAUCAACAGUCUAUUCAAAUUUAUAUGUGUCUAAUGCUCCUUAUUCAAUCAGGCAGAUUUUGUCUGGUUUUGGUGCUUCUGAUCAUAGCUCUUCAUUUCCAAGAGAGGUAGGUAGACGUAAUCUGAAUGUUGAUUACAAGAGCAACCAAAAUGCCAGUUCCUUGCCAUACUCUCUGAGAUAUAUUAUGGAAUCAUUCUUUAAACAUGACAGCCUUCUGGAUGCCAAUUCCCAAGAUUUCUUAGCACAUGAAUCUUCCCUUGGCUCCUGCAAAGAGCUGCCACUUGAUCUUAGUUCCAAACUAAUGAUGUCAAUGUUACCGUGUCAUCUGAUUGGGGAAGGUUCACAUCGGCAUUUAAUUUCCUCUAUCAAAAUUAAUAUCCAGCCAGGGGCCAUAUCUGAGCUGCCUAGUCAUUCCUGCAAAGCCAUAAUCAUUGAGAGAGUACCCUCUGGAGCUUUUGCAGACCCAUUUGAACUACAACAUCUUGUUGAGCAUGAUGUCUUCAUGGACGCUGCUAUUUUUGGAGACACAAAUUUGGAAUUACCUUCUGCACUUUCCAACCAAUCAGUUGUUGAGAUUCACAUGAAUAGGGCUUCCAUUACAUGCACGAUAUCCGUUUUAGUUGUUGUGGAACAGCUACACAUGGUUUUUCCAUCUCAAUCAGAUCUCACAGAGAAAGCUUUUUCUGAUAUUCUAAACAUCAUUCUCCUGCAACCUCUUUUUGGAAGUGGUUAUUUAACAAUUCAGAUGGAUCUGCCAGAUUUAUUCAUUAAUUGCAGUAUAGAAGAAAAUUUGCAGCAUCAAAACUGUAUAUGGAUGUCAGUGACUGAGGGUUCUGAAUUUAGGACCAGCAUUGUAUGGAAAAUACCUUCUGGAAAUUCUGAACAUGCCAAAUUUGUAUCAGCUAUUACUUUUAUCUCAGCCUUAUCAACCACUCUUUUGAUUGUUGUAACAUCAAUAUUUCCUUUGCUCAUUGCUAAAUCAAAAAACUUGAAACAUUCAUAAUUUCUUGGAACACUUUUAGCCUAUAAAGUUCCAAUUUUAAUGCGAUGAUGUUUUUAAACAUGGGGAAUGAACCUUCUAUUAUUUCUGUUUUA